AUGAUUUUUCUAUUGACAUCGCGGAGUAAAACAGAAACAAACGAUAUCGAUGCCCUAACCGCCAGUGAGGCUGUGGAAGCAAUCGAGCAGCAAGAAACCUUCAUAAAAGAAAAUUUUGAAAAUUCGACGGAAAUGGAUUACGUGCGAGAACAGUAUUUUGAGCAGCUUCAAAGCCGGGUAAAUCUCUUAAAAAAGGCAAGAAAGGACUAUGUGACUGGGUGGUUCACCAGAAAGGAUUACCAGAAUGGGUUCGCGAAGUUGUAUAACGGGAUUGUGCCCGAGGUAUUUUGUCCGAAUUUGGUUCGAAUUGGGAACGUCAAUGAUGGCGGGAAAUGGGUUUGCAAUCCGAAAGCUUUGCCAGAUAAGUGCGCCAUCAUGUCGUUGGGCGUAAAUGUCGAUGCAACUUUUGAACGGGAAAUUCAGAAGAUCUCGAACCAGCGAUGCCGGAUAAAUUCUUACGAUCCGAUGGACCCCGGAUCAGCCAUCGCAGGUCUGGAAUCUCUAAACGUCCAUUUCCGGCAGGUAGCCAUCGGCGCCGAGGAUAAUCUGGAACACCGUCAAGUCAGUGUCCUCACCGAAAUGCAGCGGCUAUCGAUUGCGAAACUUGAAAUGCUCAAGAUUGAUAUUGAACUAAAUGAAUUUUCCGUAAUGCCAGGGCUCGUGGAGAAAACGGAAUUCUGCCAGAUUUUUAUCGAAAUCCACGGGAACCCGGAAGAAACGAUUGAUCUCAUCGUGCUGUUGGCCAAAAAAGGAUACCGUAUGUUCUCCUACGAGAUUAAUGGGUAUCACCACACGCUAAGCGAGUACUCCUUCAUACACGACAAUUGCCUGAAGCAGUACGGCGCGGUACCUGUGGUCAAUUAUUGGCAUCUUGUA